AUGAUGGAGGUGUGGCUCAAUGGGCAGCCUCUGACCAGGAAAUACCUCUCCAAAGAAACACUCAAAGGACAGCCCAUCAUCACUUUGGGACAGGAGCAGGACUCUCACGGUGGAGCAUUUGACAUCAACCAGUCUUUUGUUGGGAUGAUGACUGACGUGCACAUGUGGGGCUAUGUUCUCUCGCCCUGUGAGAUCCACAACUACAUGAAGGAGGCGUGGUUUACUCCGGGGAACGUGGUCAACUGGAGAGACCUGAACUUCCUCUGCAUUGGGAACGUCUUUAUCGAAGACAGGCAACUGAGCAUUAGUGCUUAG